AUGUUUAAAGAGCUUGUGUUUUUAACUAUUCCCAAAAACUCUUCCAAAGGAAUUAUCGCUCAUAAGCGAAAGGUUUUCGAUAUCCAUGGUGCGCAAAUGAAAAAUAGCUUGACCGAGAGAAAUGUUGAUAAAAUUACCCAUAUAUUGAUUGAUUACCAGCAAUUGAAUAGUAUUCGGGCCAUAAUCACCAGCUUGAAACUUGAAGAGCUAUACAACAAAAAUUUCAAACCAGAUGCCACGGCAUUCAAAGCAGAAAUCAUUGAUAAGUUGAUAAAAGUCCCGUUCAUCAAAGAAAGCUGGUUCAAUGAUUCCAUAGAAACUGGCAAAGUUUUGAGCUUGACGGCUUAUCAGAUACCGGAAGUCCACCAAGAACUUUUGAAUGAAUUUGAAAAUUUUACAAAAGAUGGGAAAUCCAGGUCACCAACCAAGAAGCGGAAAAAAUCUGUAUCACUAUCACCUUCUGAGCAACCAACCAAGAAGCAAUAUCUCGAUCAGGAUGAUAAAAAUACAGGAAGAUUGGCCGAGCAAGAAAGAAAAGCCCUUAAAAGAGAUUCAAGACGGGAAAAAAUAAAGUUAUGGAUUAGAACCUCUUUGAAUGAUCGACUAUUAGAACCGUCAAAAGUGAAAAAUAACCCCAAUUUGCCAGUGAUCAAGGCAUUAUCAGAAUUCCAGGCAUUAUACGAUGGAUUAGGCGAUGAUUUUAGAGUCCGAGGGUAUAUCCAAGCCAUCAACUCCUUGUUAUUAGAACAUAAUAAUCCAAUCGUUACCUAUCAACAAGCAAUCAAAUUGCGAGCAGUGGGACAAAAAAUUGCGAGAAAGAUUGCCGAGUUUGCUAAGACAGGGAAAAUUGCCCAAUUGGAUACAUUAAAACAAGAUCAACAAGUUCAAAUCAUUGUGGGCUUGACAAAUAUAUUUGGAGUUGGUCCUGCUAUUGCUAGAAAUUGGUACGAGGCAUAUCAUAUAACCCUGAUGGAUGACGUCAAGGCAAAGGCCAAAAAUGGGACUAUCAAGUUAACCAAAGAACAAAGGUUGGGAAUCGAGUACUAUGAUGACUGGAAUCAGUCAAUAGAGAGAGAAAUGAUCGAUCUUCAUUACGAAAUGAUGAAAGAGGUUUGCAAAGAAGUGGAUCCCAGCUUAGAUGUUCAUAUUAUGGGAAGUUACCGAAGAGGUCUUAGUCGAAGUCAUGAUAUUGAUUUUUUUCUUACCAGUCCAAAUUAUAAAACUAAACACCAGUUGGUCAAUUCUGGAGUCGCCAAGAAGUUAAUGGGUAAGUUAAACGCCAUAGGGUAUUUGCAAUGUGAGUUGUCGGGUUCCGACACCAAAUUUUUAAGUGGUGCCAAGUUGGUUGAUUAUAAUGAUCGAGUGAAAAAAUUCUUGGAAUCUCGGAAAAGUGCUGGCGAAUUAACUGAAAAAUUUGGAGACGAAAAACGGAUCUGCCGACGAGUUGACUUUUUAUUUGUGCAAUAUAAUGAACUCGGAGCGGCACUUUUAUAUUUCACGGGCAAUGAUAUUUUCAAUAGAAUGGUGCGGUUUUUAGCACGAUUGGAAGGCUAUAAACUUUCUAACCAUGGUUUGUUUGAUAGGUCAGCAUUAACCAUACCAGUAGGAUCAGAGCCAAGGAAUAAUUCUAGGGCUAAGAAUUCUAAUUACCAAGAGAAUGAUUCCUUUUUCGACGAAUCUGAUGAUGAUGAUGAUAUUGAGGUGAGUCCUCAAGGAUUGAUUGAAAGUUUUGAUGAAAAGAGGAUUCUUGAUUUGUUGGGGGUUGUAUGGCACACACCAAUGGAAAGAAAUAUUGGUGAGUUCAAACGACUUGAUUUCACAAAAAAAUAA